UUGUAUCAAUAUUAAGACAGAAGUUUAGGUGAGCAUAGUAAUGAUCCAUUAAAUUGACUAGUAUAUCUUUAUAGCUUGACAACAUCAAUUAAUUACAUUUCAAAUUAAUUUAUUAGAAUCUCGGUGACAUAAAAGAUGUUUAAUUAAUAUCAUUAUAUCAAAAAAGUCGAUUCAACAACAUUGAAUAGAGAAAAUUAUAUCAAGUUCAAAUAUUAAUUAAAGUUAAUAUUAAGUUAUGGGAACAGUUGUUUAUUUGAUUUUCCUGCCUUUUAUUUGUUUGGUCAAUGUUUUAUCUUACGGAUACGCAUUGGAUGCUGAUCCAAUCGUAUCGCUUCCAGCUGGUUUAGUCAGAGGUAGAACGGUUUCUUUUCGUGGUAUUGAUGUUGAUCAGUUUCUUGGUAUACCUUUUGCUGAACCACCAUUGGGUCAACUUAGGUUUGUUAAACCAGUGCCAAAAAAGCCAUGGGAAGGAUUGAUACAAGCCAACGAUUGGGGUCCGAUUUGCUCACAAAAGGGUAAAAAUUCAACUGAAGAUUGUCUCUAUUUGAAUGUGUUUGUAACUUCAUCAGCAACCAAUGAUACUAAAAAUGGAAAAAACAAACUUCGACCUGUUAUGGUUUGGAUUCAUGGCGGGGCCUUCCUUAGAGGUUCAGCAAAUUUUCCUGAUAACUUUGAUGGUACCAUUUUAACGGCUAUACAUGAUGUCAUUAUUGUUACAAUCAAUUAUCGUCUGGGUCCACUCGGCUUCCUGUAUUUACCUGAAAAUGGUAUUCCUGGUAACAUGGGUCUUUGGGAUCAAAAGCUGGCUCUUGAAUGGGUUAAAGACAAUAUCAUCAAAUUUGGUGGUGACCCUGGUAGAGUAACAGUUUUUGGUGAAUCUGCUGGAGGACUGGCUAUUUCGGCUCAUCUUGUCUCGCCAUAUUCAAAGGGUUUGUUUAGAAAUGCUGUCCUUCAGAGUGGUGCGUUUUACACCAGUAAACGUUUAAUGGGUCCAAAUGUACCAAAAGAGUUUCUUAAAGAAAUCAAUUGUACUCAAAUAGAUCAACUGCAAUCAUGUCUAUCGUCAUAUCAAUUUGGUCAAAAUGAAGCAGCUGAUACAUUAACUUUUGCUCCUAUUGUGGAUCAUGAUUUCUUAUUGGACGUUCCAAUGAAUUUAAUCAAUAACCAUAGUGUGGAUUCGUCGAUCAACAUAUUUUUAGGAGCUAUUGAAUACGAAGGUGCAGCAAAAUUAGCCGCUGAAAUCGAUCCUGUACUCUUUGACCCUGUUAACCCAAAGAACUUGACUUUAAGUUUAGUUCGAAAAGUUUUGAGUACUAGAUCAGAUCCUUACUCACUUGACUACCUAAUGAACUUGUAUUUCAGUAAUGCUGAUCCAAACAAUUCAACUGAACUUCGAUUAAUCCUUUCCAAAGUAAUUGGUGAUAUCUUGAUAACUUGCCCAACUUAUGUUUAUGGUCGAGAUCUUAUUCUAAAUGGACAAGCAUCUGUGUACGCUUAUUAUCUAACUCAAAAACCAAUCAAAUCGAUUAAUAAUUUUCCACCCCCUGAUAAAAUUUGGUUACCACCAACUCAUGCUGACGAUGAUCCAUUUGUUUUUGGUUACCCACUCAGUACAGUUGAAUAUCAUACCAAAGAAGAAGUAAUUGUAUCUUUUAUUAUGAUGGAAUCUUGGACCAAUUUUGCUAAAAAAGACAAACCUGGAUCUUUGGGACAUAAAAAGUGGCCAUCAUGGAAAAAACUCGAGUCUGGUACAAUUUCUUAUCCCACCAUGGAAUUUAAUUCCAAGAAAAUUGGUCAUUUUGAAACCAGUGCAGUUGAAUUUUGUUUUAACCAUUUUCCAUUUCCAACUGAAAGCUAAUCCGAUUAUCCGAUUAUCCAGAAUAUUGAUGUUUUAAAGAGUUUAUGUAUUUAAAGGCAUUUAUGUUCAAUUCCUGAAAUAAAAUUCCCGCUUCAAAGUGUUCAAAA